UCUACUACUUCAUAACACUAUACACACACUCUCUUAGUCUUAUCCUUGUGGCAAUGGCUUCCCCUGCCAUGAAACUCUCCCUCUUCCUCCUCCUCUCCCUCUUCUCCUCUCUCCAUACUCAUGCAAGAGAAAGCCAAUUCUUCAACAAAAUCCCUAGCUCCACCACCACCAACAACGUUGCUGUCCCAGCCACAACCAACACACAAGUUCCCACCAAUCAACAAGACCCCACUUUCCUCCCCGACAACGACAACAGCUACGGCCUCUACGGCCACGAAUCCGGCCAAAACCCCCCUUCCACCACAACCGCCGAAGAAUUCAAACAACCCCCAAACAAAUACCUCCCCGAAAACUACAACCCCGUCGCCUACGUCACCCAGCCCGAAUCCGACCUCAACGAUACCCCCGCCUCCUUUACCCAAGAACGCACCUUCUCCACCAACCCCAACAACAAUUAUUACAACGCCGACCAGAAUAAGAAUUCCUUGUACAACGGCGAGCAGAACUCCUUCUACAACCAGCAGCAGCAAGAGGAGACCGAGUUCAAAAGCUACCGCAACCCGGCCUCCAACAACAACGGCAACGGAAACUUGUAUAACGGAGGAAGCAGUUUCAAUAGGCAGCCGCAGGGGCAGGACAGCGCCUUCCAGCCGCAAGGGAUGAGCGACACGCGUGUCAUGGAAAACGGGAAGUAUUACUACGACACUAACUCAGAGAGUUACAGCAGCAAUCACCCUUAUGAAACCUUGCGAGGAGCUCGCCCGCAGAAUGAGUUCAACAACAGAAAUUUCUAUGGAAACAAUGCGUAUGAAUUCAACCAAGAUCAGUUCCAGGAUGAUGACAACAUGCCUUGAUAGUUUAUUAAAUUACAUUGCUCCCUCCUUUUAAUGCUGUUUUUAAGUUAUGGUGUUUAGUGAAAACCAAACGCACAGAUAUUUAUUUUUCACAAACUGCUUCUUUUGCUUCUACAGAUGGAUUUCGUGGUGAAUUAUAAAAUUUUAAAAUAAUUUGUAUA